GAAAAUGACAGUUUUCUGGACCUGGUACUGUUCAUGUUGCAAUUACGUAUCCUAAGAAUUGAUGUUCAUCAAAAUUGAUUCUCCGCAUGCUCUUCUACUUCCCACAAUCUUCUGCCCGUUCUCGUGCCGCAAGCCCAAUCAAUUCUUCAACCUAGCAAAUCAUGAAUUCUGGCUUCACCAUCCCCCUCUCCCUCUCCUUCUGCUCGUUCUUCUUCUUCGUCUUCGUCCAGAAUUUCAGUACUGAAGCUGCCCCCACUUAUCUUAAUCAUUCUUGCCCACACGUCUUUCUCUUCACUCCCAACUCCACCUACGAGUCCAACCUCAACACCCUCCUCUCUUCCCUCUCCUCCGCCGCCACCAUCAGCACCAACGGCUUUGCCAACGCCACCGCUGGCCAGAACCCUCCCGACCGGGCCUAUGGGCUAUUUCUCUGCCGCGGCGAUGUCGACACCUCCACGUGCAGCAACUGCGUGGCCACUGGAAAACAGGAUAUCCUCCGAAUAUGCCGGAACCAGGGAGCCUCUGUGAUCUGGUACGACGAGUGCAUGUUGAGGUACGCCAACAAGUCCUUCUUCUCGGCCAUGGAACAGGUGCCUAAUCUCUUGAUGCAAAACGUUGCAAACAUCACUGAUCCGACCCGGUUCAAGCAACUCCUGGGACGGACCGUGGAUGACGUUGCCACAAGGGCUUCCAACGGCGGGUCGGGGAAGAAAUUCGCGGUCAAGGAGGCAAAUUUCACGAACUUGCAGAAGCUGUACACCCUCGCGCAGUGCACUCCGGACUUGACGGCGUCGGACUGCAACCGGUGCCUUCGGACGAUGAUCUCCACCCUCCCUCAGGAGAGGCAAGGUGGGAGGCGGUACACCAUGAGCUGCAGCGUCAGGUUCGAGGUGUACCCGUUUUAUAGUGCCUCAGCCAUGGUGGCUCCGGCGCCGGCUCCGGCGCCUCCGCCAUCUCAACCUCCGCCUCUUCCUCCUCCCUUGACCAGAGGUCUUUCCCGAGGAUACUGGCUCGGAGAUGUUGCAAGGUGA